ACAGCCCUUUCAGACAGCAUACAUCCUUUCCACUGUUUCCCCAUCCCCUCUCUCUCUCUAUCCUUUCUCUCUCAUCCCAUCUCAUCUCGCUCCACAAUUAUUAGUAUUUCUAUUGUUUUUCAUUUGAGAAACAUCAUCAAACUUCACUAAAGAAGCAUCCCUCUGGUCUUUCCCCCUUCGCUUUCCACACUCUGCUCACCCUCAACUUAGCACACCACACAACUCAUAUAGAGAUAGAGAGAGAAAGAAACAAAAUGGGAGCAGUAGCAGUACUACCUGUGAUACUUUCUCUCUCUCCAACCAUCCAACUCCUCUUCUUCUUCCUCCUCCAAGCUGCUUCUUCUUCUGUCCCCAAAUGCUGCAGCAGCACUGCACCCCAUUUGUCUCACUAGUCACCUCUGCCCUUCUUCUCUCACUCCUGCUCUCUACUGCUCCUGCUCCUUUAUGGAUUUUGGGGCUGUUCCUUUUGAUUCUCUGCUCACUCCCAACACCAUCAACACUGCCCCUGCCAUAGACAUUAAUAAUAAUGGUAAACUCAGGUGGGGGGUGGGGGGUGGUGGAUCAGGAUCUGGAUCUGGUGGGUUCUUGAAGCUGGAGGGGGAGACCCCAAUAAAUGAAGAAGAAGAAGAGGAAGAAGAAGAGGAAGAAAAAGAUCAUCAGUUUAAAAUAGCCAAAACUUGCUCCAAUUCUUCAUCCUUUGGCACCAUUAGAGGUGCUGCUGCUCCUGCAAGAUUUAAUGUUAAUGGCAAUGGCAAUGGCACUGAUUCCUACCACUACAAUCACCAUAUGCUCAGCUUCUCCUCCCCCAACUCACAUACUCUCACAUUCCCCUACUACAGAAACAAUGGUAGGGAUGUUGCUGUUUCAGGGUAUGGCUCUACAGGGAAGAAUGGCGGAAAUAUGGUGUCAGUAUUCAGAGGGCCUUUCACUCCAUCGCAGUGGAUGGAGUUGGAGCAUCAAGCUUUGAUCUAUAAAUACAUCACUGCAAAUGUUCCCAUACCUAAUCAUCUCCUCAAUCCCAUCAGAAAAGCUUUCGAAUCGGCAGCUGCAGGUUUCCCUCCCUUUGCAGCUCUCAGAUCCAAUGCCUUGGGAUGGGGUGCUUUCCAUCUGGGAUUUGCCAGCACUGAUCCGGAGCCGGGGCGGUGCCGCCGGACGGACGGCAAGAAAUGGCGGUGCUCGAGGGAUGCGGUAGCCGAUCAGAAGUAUUGUGAGCGGCACAUGAACAGAGGCCGCCACCGUUCAAGAAAGCCUGUGGAAGGCCAACCUGGCCAUUCCGCCACCGGAAGCACCACCACCACCACAAACACUGCCACCGCCGCUAACACUAGCAAGCUGACUCCGAUGGCGGCAGCCGGUGGUGUGUCCAACAGUCUUGGCCGUAACCAUCAGCUCACUAACCUGCAGCCUGGGAUCAACAGGAGUCUUCCGAACGGCGGCGAAAACUCAGAUGGGGCGACGACUGCGUAUCAGCACGAGACAGUCCUGCUGAUGAUGUCUCCAAAAAGUGGCAGUCUUAUGAAGGAUAACAACAAUGCAUACCAAGAUUCAUUGCGGCCCGAAUUUGGAUUAGUUUGCUCGGAUUCGUUGCUCAACCCCUUGAAUAAGAGCUCAUCUCUGGUCCACAACGAUAACAAGAGCCACCAUAAUUCACUCCGGGAGUUCAUGAAUCCGCAACCCGACAGAACUCAGCUAUCGAUUUCCAUUCCCAUGGCGACGACCAACUACCUGUCGAAUGAAAAACUCACAGCCUCUCCACUCAGGCUAUCCCAUGAGCUCGAAAUGGGAUUAGGUGUGGGCUCGACAGUGGCUGCCAAUGGCCACCACCGGCAGUCAACUGAUUGGGUUCCGAUUUCUUGGGAGCCGUCAAUGGGAGGACCCCUUGGGGAGGCUCUACACACCACCACAGGCGAAUGUCGGAACACUAAGCCUCUCAACCUCAUCGAUGGCUGGGAUAAUAGUCCUCGGAUUGCCUCGCCAUCCCCGACUGGGGUCCUCCAGAGGGGCACAUUUGGCUCACUAUCCAACAGCAGCGCCGGCAGCAGCCCAAGCCGGCCGACACUCGAAGGGGCCAGUCUUUGCAAUGGCCUGCUGAAUCCAUACUUGCCUGCAAUCUAAAUCCCAGAAAACCAUAUCAUUAUGAUCAUCUAAAAAUCCAAUGCUAGCUGUAAUUUGUUAAUUUCUUUCAAACACUUUCUUUAUCACUGUGUCUGUCUGUCUAUUUGUCUCAUUGUUAGGAAGUUCAGUGUUGUUGGUUCAGUAGGUGAGAUUUCAGAAGACUCACAUUCAUGGCUAUCUCUAUCGAUCUAUCUAUAUAAAUAUAAUAUCUGAUCUGGUAUGAACUUGAA